ACAAUGCACCGCGCACGCCCGCCACCCAGCGCGGGGUCAGGGGGCGCGUCGCCAUGGCAGCGGCUGGUUGUGACAUCAGCGCCAUUUUGCCUGAGUGUUGUGAUGGAAGCAGCGAGAAAAUCAGAAUCGGACGAAAAAACACCGAAAAUCAGACGCGAAUCCGACAAAUACAGACCAGAGGACGCAGAACCAGACCGAGUCCAGUCGAGGAGCGCACACAGUCUGGACGGAAGUCGGAGCGAUCUGCGAUAACAGGUCUGUCUCUGCAUCAUGUGACCCUCCCGUCCCUCGUCACCAUGAGCAGUGCGUCCCUGGCUCCGUCUGGACUCUGAUCAGCACGGUCCAUGAUGAUUAAUGGUCUGAUUCCUCCGGAGUUACACGCGCAGCUCCUGGACCUCCAGAACUAUCAGAGGCGGACCAGCGGCGUGGAGCAGCUGAAGCACAUCCUCCUGGAGCUGGAUCUGCAGCAGGUCUCCUCCGGCAGCGUCCUGGAGUUCAUACAGCUCUUACGCAGGCUCCUGGACGACAGCAACUUCAAGGUGUUGUGCGGCGCGCUGCAGCUCAUCAGCCUGCUGAUCCAGAAGCUGGAAGGUGAUGUGGAGCGCUACUAUGAGGAGAUCGUGAGCGUGACGGCGCGGGCGCUGGGCGACUCACGGAGCGUGACGCGGCACGAGUACAUGAACGUCUUCAGGCAGCUGAUGAGGAUGGUGGGGCCGCAGAAGGUCCUGGAUCUGCUGGUGGCUCAGCUCAAGCACAGGAACUCCAGGGUUCGAGAGGACGUCAUCAACAUCAUCACGGCUGCCGUGCUCACGCACCCGCGCAAGGACUUCGAUAUCCCCGGCCUGUGCGCGGAAGCGGCGCCGGCGCUCGCCGACAGCAAGAAGAAGGUGCGUCACGCGGCUCUGGAGCUCUUCGCCGUCUUCGACUGCUGUCUGGACACGGGUAAGAAGCAGCCGCUCAUGAAGGCCGUGGAUCGGGUGGAGCUCGCCGGAGACGCCGAGGGCCUGAUGGCUGCUGUACAGGCGCGGCGCGCACGGCACGUCCUCCCUCGACUCUCCACCGACGGCACCGUCGAGUACGCGCUCGCUCUUCCUAGACCCGGACAGAGACGGACGCCUCAGCUGGGCUCCGGGGCCGAUCUGGACUGGGUUCUGAACGGAGGCCGGGGUCACAGCUCUCGCUCAGACGUGGAUCUGACGGAUAACACACCUCAGCAGAGGAGGAUGGUGAGCGCCGGGAAAGGGAAGAACAAACUGCCCUGGGAGAGAUCGGCUCUAUCUGAGGAGCUUCAGACCAAUGGAAAGACACCUGAUCAGCAGGUGAGCAGUGAAGAUCCGUCCUCAUCUAUUAAACUCCGUCAGGACACUGCUGCCAGAUACAGUCCAUCAGAAGCUGUGCAGUCUCCGGGCCUGACCCGCAGGUCUCUGGGUCGACUGCGCCGCAGCGGGAGUUUGGACUCGGAUCCAGACGUUUUCAAAGCAACCCAUCCCUCCGAGUCUGAGAAAGGUUUGCCCAAGACGAGUCGUCUCCCGUCGGGCGGCGCUGAGCGAACCUUCUCCCUCCCGACUAACUCCACACCUCCGGGCUCGUUCCUGCUGCCCUCGUACCCGCUGACCGCGCUAACAGGAAGUCUGCUGACCCCGACCGUACCGCGCAGAAACCACGCUGACCCCUUGCUGUCCAUGUCCAACACGUGGCCCAACAAACGUGACCUCAGCCCUCACCGCAGGAGCGACAUCGCUGGUGAGGUGAGCUGCAGUAAACGCUCUCCGCUGCCUCCUCGAGCUGUACGCGCCUCAUCCGUCCGUCAGAGCCCAAACACCAGCAGACCCUCGUCACUGGACAAACACCUGGAUCUGACGGUCAGCAGCGGCGCAGGAGAGCCGGAGGACGAGCCGCUGGACCGCGAGGAGAUGCUGAACUCCUUGCGCUCGUUGAGGAACAGCGCUGCUAAGAAACGGGCCAAAGUCAGCGCGAGCGGCUCUGAGGCGGAUCCAGACAGUCCAGACUCGGCGGUGAAGCUGGAGCUGGUUCCUGAUUCUCCGGAGCAGACGUCUCCAUCCGUCACCAGUCCUCUGAGCGAGAGCGGCCUGAGCAGCCUGUACUCGCCCCCGUCACCCAGCGGCACCAAGAGCAGCCCUGCUGCGAAACCACGAGUGCCAUCAGGAAGACGCGUCACAGCAGACGUCAGCGCUCGAGGUGUGACAGGUGUGACGCAGCAGGAGAAGAGUCUGUCUGAUGGGAAUGUGAGUGUGAUCGGUCACAGACUCGUUUACUCGAACAGAUCGUUAGAUCCAGACGAGGAGAAGCCUAGCGACAUGACAUCAUCAUCAUCAUCAUCACCGCAGAUCAGAGCCACCGGCCGCGAGCCGCUCCGCGCUCUCAGACCUGCUAAAGGACCUCAGCAGCGUGUGUCGUGCAGUCGUGACGUGUCGGAGGGCGUGAUCGGACGAGGAGUGUUCGGUUCGGCUGUGCUGCCCAGUCGUCUCAGUGUGGCGUCUUCUCCUGAGCAGGGCGACCCGGCCGGUCAGAGCACCCGUGAGCCUCCGCCGGGCGUGUACGGACACGCGUUCUCCAGCGCACACGUCGAGUCUGACGCCAGUCCUGACCCAGAGGACAGAGUCAGACUCUCUAGGUUAGUGAGUGACAAGAUGCAUCAGUGGUGUCUGGAGCAGCAGGACACGCCCCCAGCUCGCCGCAGGCUCAACGAUGAUGUGAAAGACGGGAGUCUGAACGGUUGUGAGUGGCUCUCCGAUGACUCUCCGUCCAGCCCGACUGAACCACAGAAUCCAGUGAAACGCCUGAGCCCCGCCCCCCCGACCGGCCCGCCCAAUAGGAACGCAGCACCACGACUGAGACGAGCAUCUAGUUUGAACCGCACCAGACCCCCUGCGUCACACGGCUCCGAUGAGCUGAUAACUGGGAGUCUGAAGAAAGAGGGUCAGGAUCAGGCAGAGCUGCGGCCCUUCUCUAAACCGGAGCUGGCGCUGACGCAGAGCUUCAGACUGAUGUCCUCAGACGACUGGGAGAAGAAGAUCGAGGGGAUGAACUUCCUGCGUAGUUUGGCUCAGUACCAUCCUGACGUCCUGAUGAGCAGGAUUCAUGACGUGUGUCUCGCUCUGGUUCAGGAGGUGCGUAACCUGCGCUCCGGCGUGUCCCGUGUGGCUGUGGUGACGCUGGGAGAGAUGUUCGCGGCGCUGCAGAAGGGAAUGGAUCAGGAGCUGGACGGGACGGUCAGAGCUCUGCUGCAGAAAGCUGGAGAAUGCAACGCCUUCAUCAGACAGGACGUGGAGCGAGCGCUGGACAGCAUGGUGCAGCACUGCUCUCUCACACGCAGCAUGAGCGCGCUGCUCACCGGAGGACUCGGUCAUCUGAACUCAGUAGUGCGUAAGUGUGCGGCUCAGCGUCUCAGUGCUCUGGUGGAGCGGCUCGGAGCCGCUCGUCUGCUGUCUGGAGCUAAAGAUGUGACCGAGCGCAUCCUGCCGGCCGUCUGUAAGCUGGUGCAGGACUCGUCUCAGGAGGCCAGGUACUUUGGUCGACAGAUGCUGCUGUUUUUGUCGUCUCACCGUGACUUUGAUAAAAUGCUGGAGAAGUUCAUCUCUGCUAAAGACCUGCCGGCCAUCAGAGACACCGUCUUCACUCUCAAAACCAAGGGCUUGGGUGAGAUGCCUCAGGACGCUCCGUCGGCGCGGGGCAGGCGCUCUCUCUCAGGCAGUGGGGUGAUGCGCACCUCGUCUCUCACGCGUGAGCCUCUGAGCAGCAGCAGGGACUGUGGACAGGCAGGGAGUAAAGUGUCCGUCCACAGCCCAGCAAGAAUCAAGGCCAUCGAUCAGCUGUUUAAAACAGAUCAGCUGGGGGCCGUUCAGGCUCUGAUGCACAACAUCGACAACAGCCUCCUGCUGCAGCCCUUCUGCUCCAAAGCCCAGUAUCUGAGCGGGAAAGCCAAGCUGGACCUCAUCGAGAGAGUCGCAGAGCUGGUGACGGAGCUGUACCCGCGCAGACCGCAGCUGGUGGAGCAGAAGGUGCUUCCUCUCUUCUGGACGCUGCUCGGCUCUUCCUCUAACAGCGGAAGUGUCCGGACGGCCGCAGCGAAGCUCGCCGAGGCGCUGCACGCACACAUGGGCCAGACGCUGCUGGAGAACGCCGCCGCAUCGCAGCCCACAAACGUGCAGAGCGACCUGAAGCAGCUCCUGAGAGCCGCCUGACUGAUCAUCUCUCUUUCUGACGCUUUGCACUUUCCUGAGUCUCGUGCUCGCGUGGUUCAGCACUAAAGAAUGUGAUCUUCAAAUGCACAGUCACUCCGAUGUUGUUUUGUAACGUGUGCUCUGAACGUUUCUCCCAGACCGGUGUGUCCGUGCAGGAUUUACACCAGACUUUUGUACUGUAUCAUAGCGCAGUAUUAGUGUACGCUGAAUAUAUUUUGCGGAUAUUGACUUCAUUAUGGCCUGUUUUAAGUGCGACCCGUCCUAGUUUUUUUGCAUGACCGAAUUAAUUGUUUGGUUUAAAAAAAAAAAAAAAAGAGGAAAAUCAUAAUUUUUGAGCGAGAAGGAUGUCUGUGUCCCUGUGGACGUGAAGCGUUGUGUUUCAGUGAAUGAGUUCAUGUCCAGAUGUAGUUCUCCGUUCAGUGCCAGUCAGUCCAGAACAGCCUUGAUGAGAUUUCACUUUAAAUUAUAUCAGAGACAGAGAUUUAUCUAUAUAAUAAAGUGUCUUAUUUCUGUAAA